AUGGACAGUCUGUCUCCAGUCAGCAGGGCGAAAAGAAAGGUGGAGGAGCUUCAAGCAGAGCUGGAAGGGGAGCUAGGUUUGGAAGCAGAGGCUGCUCGGGCAGCUGACCGCGUGGCAGCUUUGCGAAAUGCUGCCAAGCCCAAAAGGAAGCCAAGCAUUUCAGCUCAAGGCCCUGGAAGUGCUUCACAAACGAGCCGGCCAUCAAGGGCUAGAUCUAGAUCUGUGCCUGCAGAAGGCAGCCAGCAUGAUGGAAGCUCAGAAGCUGAGGGACACACUGCAGCUGGUCAGCCUCCUACUGACGAGGCCGUCCGGCAAGAUCCGCCUGCGAGACGAGCUGCCCCCUCUGGCCAGGACUCAGUUGGGGGUCAGGGACACAGUGACAGGGGCCCCCAGUCUGGGGCACAAGAGUGGCACGACUAUGGUGAUGGCGGUGCCAAUGACAUGGACUUUGCGGCUGAGCGUGCCGCUGAAGCUGCCCAUAAGCUGGCAGAGGACGUCCGUAGGGAAGAGCGGUUUGCGCGGGCACGCCAGGCAGAAGGGGGUGCAGGCACUUCUCGGACGGAGUGGGGGCGACGGCAAGAGGUACAGGCUGAAGCUUUUCAGAGUCUGCGCCCCCAUCUUGCUCGGGAGCUCAUGCACUUGGCCGCCCCGUUAGAGAUCAACACAAAAUGCAGCAUGGAGGGUUGCGCCGGGCUUGCGGUCAUUCGAUGUAAUACAUGCAAUUGGGGCAGCAACGGGGCUGUGUGCGCGGAUCAUGAUCUUGAGUUGCACCAGUGGGCGCACACGCAUGAUCGCGCCUCCUGCUUGAAUGGGUUUUGGGAGGCGCUCCCGCCAGGCGUCACAAUCCAAGAGGGGCAGCGGGUGCACGCCCCGAAGUGUUUUCCUUGCAAGCCUCAAGAGCCUUGUGGACACUGUGGUGAGACAAGCUGGUCUGAGCCAAGGGCAACAACUGAAGCCCUGACCUUGGUGCAUACGGAAGCAGGGCGGGUUGAGUUUGUGAAAGGCCUGAGCCACUGUAACGCAGUCAAGGAGGAUGGCUCGGUGUGCGGGGCGCUUCAGCUCCAAAAGCCCCGUGACAUGCUGCGGAUGGGACUGUGGCCAGGCACUGUGGACAACGCGCGGUUUGAGACGGUUUACAGUGAAGGCGUUCUGGGGUUUUGGGACACUCUCUCCAAGUCAUGUCCUGGAACAGCGUACACCAACUACCUUCGGUGCCUGGAUAAAAAGACAAAGGACCGAGGAGGGGUGGGCUCCAUCAAUCCGACGAGCUUUCGGACAGCUGCCAAUGAGUGGAAGUUUGCCAAGUAUGAGAGGACGUACCCCGCGGCGUACCGGAAUGGUUUUCAGUGCCCAGCAUGCUGGAAGUGGCAACUUGUCUGCGCGGUGGAUGGCAACAAGAAGCUGUACCGCUGGGACCGCAACUACGAAAUGUGGCGCGCUUCCUACUACGACGACCUCUUCUUCGCAAAACGGACCAGCGUUGCUGCGCACAUGGAGGCGCUCGACCUGGCUGGCGGGCGGAAUCGCAGGACCGCCCAAUCAGGGACCGGUACGCUGCCUCCGACUAGCUGCGGGAAGGGUGAAUGGAAGGCGGCCAAAGAUUCCAAGAGCGCGAUCGAUGGUCAACAAGAGACGGGCAUCGUCGCUUGUGGAUGCCGACACCAAAUUGGCCAACGAGCGGUCAACAUGAUCCGGUCCGGUGAGCGCUAUGGCUACGCACACUACCUCGACGUCUACUUCAUGCAGCAGCUUGGCAGCCUGUCCUUCAUUGCCGAGGACAUCAUCUGCAAGUACCAACCAUGGAAGGAGUCUAUGAAAGGGAAGGUGCCCGGCUGUCCAGUUCCACGGAACGACCAGACAACACGACCGUUCCUGAACAUUAUGCACGGAUACCUGCACUCGUGGUAUUGCCAGGUGCUGUUUGGAGGACGUCAUCAGGUUGGAGCCGGAGCAGGAUCGGGAGAGGACAUGGAGUUGAUCUUCGCCUACCUCUCCCUCUUUGGUUCGACGACAAAGAACAUGAGCGAAGCAAGUCGGGAGGAGUUGCUAACGGAGGCCAUACUGGCCUGGAACGAGCGAAAACUUGACGGUCUGGCAAAGUCUUUGAUGGAGCGGUACGCGGCCCUCCCUAGUCGGAUCACUGAGGCGAAAUUCGAGCUAGAGAAAGUGUGCGAAGAAGUAGUAGCGCUUGUUCCGGGGGCAGAUUUUUCUCGAAGUGCAAUCGGUAGGUACCGAAACGAAGUUAGAAUAGCAGCCCAAACUCAGCUUACUCGGAACCUUCGUCAUGCGGACAAGGACGAGCUCGAUUACUAUAAGCUCGUGGUGGAGGUAGAUGCUUCUGAAAAGCUGCAGGCUGUUGCUGAGAUGGAGGCGGCUGACGCUCUGAUGUGCUCGCCGGAGUUGCACACGAUCCGAGAGGUUGCCCAAAGAGCACGAGAAGGUCUAAACACGAAACAGCAAAAACUGAAGGAGAUGGAAGUUAAGCUGCUAAAGAAACGCCUUCAAGGUGCUAGUGAGGGGCCUAUGCGGGUCGAUAGGCUCCUUGAAAGCCUGAGCGAUGAGGAAAGGUCAGAGCAUGUGCAGGCGCUGAGGUUACAGUGCCGGCUGACCUUGGCAGAAGAAACACUUGCUUCGUUAGAGAACCACAUUGAAGGGCUCCUUCAUAGCUUUCUCUCGUAUCAGAAGCGUUUGACACGGGAAGCUGACACUAACAAGCUUCGUACCAGAAUGAAGGAGAAAAAGCGAGAGGUUACAAAGGAGGUCAAAAAAGCGGUUGACGAGUAUAACCUGAUUAGGCUGGCGACAAACUCGAACCGAACGGCUAGCCCCGUCCACGUCGAUGAUAUAAUGAAAGAGGGUGCGGAAAUGCCUUGGGCCUAUGCAGGGCUUGCAGGCUCCGCCAACGGCAGACUCGGGUAA